CAAAAAAAUAUAUUUAAAAAAGGCACGCCUUAACCGCCAUUAAAAAGCUAAAUAAGCCACGCCUUGACUAAUGACGCAUAUGCCGGAUACGGAACAGAUGUCCUCAGCGAUGCGACACUGACUCUAAAAUGGUGUACGUGUCUAACGGUCAGGUAUUGGACAGUCGGAACCAGUCUCCAUGGAGGUUAUCUUUUUUUAGUGACCUCUUCUGGGGCGCUGUGGAAUUUUUUGGAUUGUUCUUUCAAACACUCUUCCAGCCAGAUCUAUCAAAGAGUAACAACUCUGGCUCAUCUUCAAGGUUCAGUGAUGGCAGAGGCCCACCAGGGUUUCCUGGGGGCCGGAGACGGAUGGGGCGGAUAAACCAUGGUGGGGGUGGACCCAGUGCCCCACCAAUGGGUGGAGGAGGAUGAGGAAGGUGA